CCAUCACAGAUCACAACAUCAGCUCGCGCAGCAUCCGCAUCUCGCGGUCAUCGGGACCAGGAGCACAUCUUCAUCUGAGCAUCCAUUCCACAACUGCCCGGCACCGUCUGCACACUGCCGACACCAGGCCAGUUUAUUACACUGCCCGCAUCUUGUCUCCUUUCUUACUUUUUCCUCUCUCAGGAAGGAUCUUACCGGAUUAUUUUUUCUUUGUUGCAAUUAAUUUGUUCGAGAUGGUUUAACAUUUUCAAACGCGUCCAUUCGGAGGAAGACGAUCGUCUUUCAAAUCAGUGAGCUGGAGAUCUGGAGGUGCAGGUUGUCCAGGUGAUAGAUACCCCCUUAAAGAGCUCAGUCCUCUGACCCUGAAGCUCCUGGACGCCUCCCAGCAGCCACCAUGGGAACCGUUCUGUCUCUGUCCCCCAGCUACCGGAAGGCGGCCCUCUUCGAAGACGGCCCCGCCACCGUGGGCCACUACACGGCCGUGCAGAACAGCAAGAACGCCAAAGACAAGAACCUCAAGCGCCACUCGCUCAUCAACGUGUUGCCAUGGAAGCGGAUCGUGGCCGUGUCGGCCAAGAAGAAGAGCUCCAAAAAGGUGCAACCCAAUGGCACGUACCAGAACAACGUGUCCCACCUGAACAACGAGAACCUGAAGAAGUCACAGUCCUGCGCUAAUCUGUCCAGCUUCACCCAGGACCAGAGCAGCCCAGCUCUCAGCAAGAGCUCCAACAACACAUCCUCAGUCAAGAAGGCCCCACUAACUAACUCCAAUGCGGCCCCUGGGACCCCUAAGAGAGUGAUCGUACAGGCCUCCACCAGCGAGCUGCUGCGCUGCCUGGGGGAGUUCCUGUGCAGGCGCUGCUACCGUCUGAAGCACCUCUCCCCCACCGACCCGGUGCUGUGGCUGCGCAGCGUGGAUCGCUCCCUGUUGCUGCAGGGCUGGCAGGACCAGGGCUUCAUCACGCCGGCCAACGUAGUUUUCGUCUACAUGCUGUGCCGUGACGUGGUCUCCUCUGAGGUGGCCACAGAGCACGAGCUGCAGGCCGUGCUCCUCACCUGCCUCUACCUGUCCUACUCCUACAUGGGGAACGAGAUCUCCUACCCGCUCAAGCCCUUCCUGGUGGAGAGCUCCAAGGAGACCUUCUGGGACCGCUGCCUGUCCAUCAUCAACCUGAUGAGCGCCAAGAUGCUCCAGAUCAACUCCGACCCCCACUACUUCACUCAGGUGUUCGCCGACCUGAAGAACGAGAGCCAGAAGGAGGAGGAGAGGAGCCGCCUGCUCAUCGGCCUGGACCGGUGAGGGGAUGCUGGGGGGAGAGAAGGGUUGAGGGAACCAUGGGGGGAUUUAACUCCAGUCUGGCAUUUUGACACCUUUUGAAAGAUUACCAUUGAUGCUAUUUAUUCACUGCUGUCCAAACGGCCGAGAAGCCAGGUUACUGAGAGUGUGUUUCAUAUUUGUAUAAAGCAGUUUUGACAUUUGAUUCAGUAUUUGCAUAUAUUGAAAGGAUAACAAUGCUGCCCAAGUACAGGGCCUUUUGUUUGUAAAUGUCAGGGCCAAAAUCUAUUUUCAAACUUGCGAAGACCCAAGAAUGAAAGCUUUUUUUAGGACUAUUAUACAGGAUUGUACACAAAUCAUUGCUUGAUUCUUCAUAUUUUGCUUUCUUUUGACCUUUUAGUGGUCUCAAUCAACAGUUUAGACUUUCUCAAGGUCUUUCGGAAAUCAACCUGUUUCGUCCCACAUACAAAACGCUUAAUGUGGCCACACCCCCCUGAACACUGUCACCAUGGUGAAACAGAGGUGGCAGCAUCAUGCUGUGGGGAGGCUUUUCCUUAGUAAUGACAGCCAAGUUGGCCAGAGUUGAUGGGAAGGUAGAUGGAGCUAAAUGCAGGACCAUGUUGAAAGAGAACAUGUUGGAGGUUAAAAAAACUAGAGCCUGGGCUGGACGUUCACCUUCCACCAGGAUGACCCUAAAAAUACAGGCAGAGAUACCAUGAAAUCGUUUAGAAUCUGUAGCAAGGCUGGAAAAUUGAUGAUCAAUUUGCAUUUGCUUCAUGCCCCAUCUCUUGACCGAUGAUUUCAACUCAAGGGACAAGCCAGUGUUUAGAUUGUCUACCUAGUAGAUGCUUGUCUCAAGUCCUGUGUCAAGUCUCACAGACGUGACUUCCAGCUAGUGUUGCAGCAUUAUUCUUUCAGUUGUCUACUUUCCUCCUUUUCUUAAGUACUCACUGCACAUUUUUGCACAAGACAAGCUUUGAAAGACCUUCAGAAAGUCCGAAAAACUUUUGUUAAAGACCCUUUUAAAGGAUUAUACGACAUCGAUCCCUUGAAGCAAAAUUUUCAGAAAUUAGAGAUGAUUUUCGCAAAACUGUAUAUGCAGUGAAAAACGCUAGAUUUGGGCGAAUACUUUACCAGGUGUUAGAUAAGCAUAAUGAUAUAACAUACUAGAUUAAAAAGACAAAAAAAAAACUGUAUAAGGAAGCUGCAGCAUUGAAUGUGGACAGGACUGAAGCUGCAGCAGCCCACCAGUGACCUUCUGACUGUUUGACGAUUUGAUGUGCACUGCCUACUGCAGGAGGGUGAGGGCCAUCGCCUGACUGGCUUUCUUCACGCUCCACGGAUGAACAGGCAUCCCUGGCUGCCUCUCUGGAACAUCCCCUCCACUGACACUGACGUUUUUCUUUUAUCGCUGCGAUGCAUAUCUGAUCGUCAGAGGACAGAAACAGCUCGAUCUGAACGGAGCCGAAUUCAGAUACUUGGUGGGGAGGAGUGGGGGUGGGGGGGUCUCUCUAUGAUCGGACGACCAGAUGGACAGUCAGCUCAGCUUUGUUGAACUUUUGAUUAAAAAAAUGAAAAAACAAAACUGGAUGAUGGAUAUUGUGUGUUUAGAAAGACUUAUUUUAUUUGAGGAAAAAAAAAAAAAGGAUAAGUUCAUGGAUGUUUUGCUCCACAGAGGCUUAUUUAUUGCUUUGAUCUCCAACAAGUUUUCUUUUUCUACUUAGAAAUGUAACAUUUUGCACGUGUGCCAUGCAAUUUUGACAAGCCUCCAGGAGUCGUUAUUAUUAUGAUUAAUAUUAUUAUUACGUUUCUUCCUUUUACUUGAUUUGCAAAGCGACUGCAUCUGCGUUAGAGAAUGCUGUGCACAAAGUGACGCUAGUUUUAUUUAUCUCUGCUUGCUAAAAUAAGCCAUUUCUUUUUCCCAGGAAAAAAAACACAAACAAACAGAACAUUUCUUUUUGUACUUUAUUUGUCGACGGGUUGUGUUGCAACCAUUCUCGUGCUCAUGCUUCAGCGUUGAAAAUGUUCUUAUGGUGCCAUAUCAUUGAUGAAAACACAGAGAUACUGGAUGCUGAGGUAGGUUUUCAGCAACUUAUACCAACUUCUUAUUGCCGUUUAGGUAUUUUCAUUCAAUUUGCGCACAUUGAGUCAUCAGGAAGGGAAGGACGUAAUGAGGAGGGGUCCUUGGUGCGGCGGGCGUGCUUACCUUUGGUGGGAAUGAAGAUUGAGCUGGCUUAUUUGUGUUGUGGGCCCAUUUACCAAAACCACCGUUUAAUCUGACCAUCACCGACACGGCAGCCUCGAUGUCGCUCCGUCAAAGCAACACUGCUUUGAGCUUUUUUUUUGUCACUUUAAGAAAACCGAACCUGAUGUUCCACGUAUCAGAAGCAGAAAACAGCUUUAAUAACUGCAGAAAAGCGCAGUGUACUGUAUCUUUGAAUGUGAUCAACGGAAACCAUCUCGUGUGAACCAGUGUCUCCUCAGCACAGAGACGAUAAGAGGAUAAAGAGCUACAUUUCUCCGAGUGGGAAUCCAUCCCUGCGGUAAAUCGAGGGAAAUAAUGAUAAAUGGGCUCCCUCUGAUCGGGCAGGAAAUACAGAGAAACUUAUAGGGUUAAAAGGCCUCAAAUAGACAAUUAAAAUCCUUUUCCCCUCUCAGCUUGAAAUGUGCCAUGUUUCUUCACUUGCAUUGUUCACUAGUUGUUUAUAAGCUUAUAAAACAAGAAAAAAAAAAGAUUAAAUUAAUAGUUAAAAGAUCUCUGUCGGAUUCUUUUCUGUAUCUUGUUGUUUGUAGAUAAAACGGUGAUUAAAAAAACUUCAAAAAGAAACUUCAAAAAGAUUUGCUCCGUGAGCUGCAUGUGUGUGUGUGUGUGUGUGAGAGAGAGAGAGAGAGAGAGAUUGAGCAGAUGAGUGUGUGUGACCGGCAGCGUUUUAUUUGUACAGAAGAAUGUGUUGUUUUCUUAGAGGGAUAAGAGGCAAACAGCAACCAUCCACAGCGGCACCAGGACUUGGUGGGACGAAGGUGUACAUGCUGUUCAAUAAAGUCAUUCUCUUUUUUUUAAAGACAAAAAAAGCAGUUGCUGUAACUUAAACCUUUUUUAGUAUGUUUCUGCUUAUUUUAAUUUAUUUUUGUACUGUGAUGACAAAAUAAAAUGCACUGAUCGUUCAA